AGGCUACCCUACCUCCUCUACACUCUAACCACUAGGCUACCCUACCUCCUCUACACUCUAACCACUAGGCUGCCGCCCCAACUACUAACUUCAGUGUCUAUAUUGUCAUCCACCUGGUCUGUUGUUGUUGUUGUAAUGACCAUGUUGUCCUCUGUUCUUAUUUCCCCCAGUGGUCUGUUGUUGUUGUUGUUGUUGUUGUUGUUGUAUUGACCAUGUUGUCCUCUGUUCUUAUUUCCCCCAGUGGUCUGUUGUUGUUGUUGUUGUUGUUGUAUUGACCAUGUUGUCCUCUGUUCUUAUUUCCCCCAGUGGUCUGGCUGUGUUGGGCCGGGCUGGGAGGUGGUGGUGGUGGUCUCUGGGUGCUGGUCUAGGUGGAGAGGCAGAGGCAGGAGGAGCCUACAGUGAAGGAGUGACUGUGGGUGUUGAGGUGGUGCCCGUGCCAGGCCAUGCCUGGGGGCCAGAGAGGGCAGAGGAGAUUCCCAGAGGCUGCUCUGCUCUGCCCUCCCUGGAGACACUGGUAGGAGGCAGCCUCAGCAAUGGCAACAGACCCAGAAACAGGAGCACUGUGCUGACUGAAGUGGUGGAGAAACUGAAGAAGACAGGACUCCAGGCUGCUCCCCCUCCUGCUCUGUGCUAUGCUGGACCUGGAGAUGUGGUGUGUGAUGUCUGCAGUGGGACCAGAAAGCAGAAAGCCCUCAUGUCCUGUCUGGCGUGUCUGGCCUCUUACUGUGAGACUCACCUCCAACCUCACUAUGAAUCUCCUGCUUUCAAGAAGCACAAGCUGGUCAAAGCCACGGCACAACUACAGGAGAAGAUCUGCUCUCAUCAUGACAAACUGCUGGAGGUUUACUGUCGUACCGAUCAGCAGUGUAUCUGUCUGCUGUGUGUGAUGGAUGAACAUAAAGGCCAUGAUACAGUGUCAGCUGCAGCAGAGAGGACUGAGAAACAGAGGCAGCUGGGGAUGAGUCAGCAGAAGGUCCAGCAGAGAUUCCAGGAGAGAAAGAAGGAGCUGAAGAAGCUCCAACAGGCUGUGAAGUCUUUCAAGGUGAGUAUUGGUGACUAGAGGAGACACACCAUUUCACUUCUCCCCUCCAGUCAGAGAGAGAGAGAGAGGGGCCCCUAUCCAAUCCCACUGACCCCACUGUUGGGAACAGGCUGUCUGGACCCCUUUCAGAGAAUAGACUGGUUCAUGUAACCGACUGGGCUGCCUCAUCACAUAACCAUGAGUAACCAUGACGACUCAUGUCCCCUAUACAUUAAUAUGGAGCUCUUUCUCUCUCAAUUCAAUUCAAAGGUCUUUAUUGGCAUGGGAAACAUAUCUUUACUAUGCCAAAGCAAGUGAAGUAGAUAAUAAACAAUCAUGAAUGAACAGUAAACAUUAAACAACAAUAAUUUUCAAAUUAAUAGAGACAUUUCAAAUGUUAUAAUUCAAGUGCAAACAGAGUCGUGCCCCAGACUGAGUUCUGGAGGUGAAAUGGAAAUGAAUGAGGGAGAGUUCAGUGAGGUAGAAGGUGUGGAGAAGAGUUCAGAACCAGAGAAGUAUUUGGUCAUAUGAGAUUUGACUUCAGAAGAGUUCCAGGGGGUGUUGAGUGGUGGUGUCCCGUCCUCCCAGGUCGUUGUCAUGGUGUCUGCAUUGUAGUGGAAUGGGGUAGUGGGUUUUUAAUGAGUGUAGGGUUAGUUGGAAGGGUGUUACUUAGUAUUAUCAUCAUUAUAUUAUUAUUAGGCACAUGCGCUGAAUACAACAGGUGUUUUUGCCUUACAGUGAAAUGCUGAAUACAACAGGUGUUUUUACCUUAUACCUUUUACCUUAAAGUAACAAGUAAUUAAAGAGCAGCAGUAACAAUAGUGAGACUAAAAACAGACUAUAUACAGAUGGGAACCGGUACAGAGUCAAUGCACGGGGUCAUCGGUUAGUUGAGUUCAUAUCAAGACUUGUAUGUGUUGUGAUAUUGUUGUCAGGAUGUUGAAGAGAGGGAAAGAUUGAAGUGUCAUUGGGGUUGGACGGGGUUGGGGGAGUUUGGAAGGGAUUUGGGGGAUGGGGAGGGUCUAUUAGAAGUUAGUAGGACUCAGAAGUACUGAGUUAGGUAGGAGGAUUUAGAGUGGUGUAAACCAUGAUUGAACACACUCCAGAACAGUAGGUGGCGCCAUGCACCUUUAACGUUGGUUUGAGGACCUCCAUUAUAUCAUAGAAGAAGAAGUUGGUCUGUGAGGGUUUUGUUGUUCCUGAGGAGGGCUACUAUUCUUUUCUCUUUUGGUUUUCAAGUAUUUUCAGAAUUUAUUAAAGCCAAAGCUAAAGCUUCCCUAAAUAAUUCAAUAUAUCAGUCAAUAUAUUUUCUCUGUGAUUUAUUUUCUCUCCGUCAACCGUUCCAUCGCAUCUUAACCGUCUUACCGGGCGGGCUCUAGGACCCGGGGGAAGCUGCUGCUGUAGAGGCUGCUGCACCGCUCGUGACUGUCAGUCCUCCUUGUAGCUCAUUGGUUAAGCUGUGGCUCGAGCCUGUUAACAGUUAACGGACAGGAAACGGCUCUGACAGGACACAUUCAUGUCGAGGCAGUGAUGUGAAUGUGUGGUAAGUUAGAAUAGAGAGAGAGAGUUUUCACUACUAUAGACUUUGGUCAUAAUCAAAGCUUUGUUAACCAAUAGGUUUUUAUGUGAGGCUGCCUGUAAGUUACAGUGUAACAGACGUUACUAAGGGUAACGGUGUCUUUUAAAUUCGACAUAAGUUAUGUGGCGAUGAUAUCUAGUUAACGUUGUAUUUAAUGUAGUGUAAUGACCUGACUAGAUCAUAAAGGAACAAUUGUCCAGACAGAGGAUUGAGUUACGAAUUGACGGUUUAUUAGCAACUUUACACAGGCUACUGUUUGGCCUUAGCUCACGCCAAAUAAAUGAAAGAUACCCCACAAGCCAAUCGGGACCUUCUCUUGUGAAGCCCAGACGGAAGAGAGAGAACAAAGGCUGAACCUUAACUUCCAAUGCC